AUGCAAAACGGCAGCCCGAACGGCCCAUCCCCUGAAGAUGAACGUUUGACGCCUGUCCCGGACUCUCCGCGCCUCGAAGAAGCCAUCUUGGAAAUUCGGGAUGAUUCGGCGCCUUCCGAGGAGGUCCCCUCGGCACCUAAAGACGAUGAACCUACCCAUCAACUAGAAGGCCCGCCAUCCAAGAAGCGACGACUCACAGAGACUACUCCAUCGCGUCGCUCCACUCCCAGGCCACCUUCGCCACCAUGGAAGAAGAUUGGGGUCGAUGGACCGACCUCAUUUACCGUGGAGGGCCGACGCAGGUCCUCGCGCACCAACGCGAUCCCGCUAGAGAUGCAGCCUCAGUCCGACAAACGGCAGACGCGCGCAGCACAACACCAAUACAUCCAGAAGAACGCUCGUGACGGCACGAAACCUGCAACAUCAUCCCCAUUGGCUGCGACGCAGUCGCGUACUCUUGUUAAUGGGAAGGUUGGUGGCAAGGUCACGGCUAAUGGAUCCCCCCGAACGGGUUCUACAAGAAACGUUGCCGCUGGCAACAAACAGGCAGUCUCACAAUCUCCAGCUCCGAAGCCCUCCAAUCACUCUCGCGCGCGAUCCCGAAGCUCCGUUAAUCUCCAACACCCUCCCCGUCCUACUACCAACGGCGCCAGCCCUCGCCAACUUCGCGACCGCCCCUCCCUUUCGGCGACGUCCCCCGAAGCCGGUGAUGGGCCGGAUAAUACUUUUAUGCAUAAUGAAGGAGGGCAGGAAGGGUCGAUCAAGGUCCCGCGACUGCGAAUCAAGGUGAAGAAGCCGGUUCUUCCGAUCCGACACCCUGGCCACGUAUCCAACAAGAACUACCCGUCAUUCCGAGAAUGGGUGGACCAUGAGGAUGCUCCUAGCUUAUUGUCUUCUGAAGAAGCUCUCGAAGAGGCUCGGAGGCGACGUGAAGUGAUCGAUGCGGCAGAGCCUGGCGGGCCAUUGAGCUCAGAGGUCUGCUCGGCCUACAUCACAGACCAGCAGGAGGAACCGCCACCACAAUACUCGCACCAGGAUCAUCUCGUGGCCCAUGCACUAUACUUCCAGAAGCUCUUGGAUAAGGAACACAAGCGACACCGGCAGAUGGCCAAGUUGGUUGCUCAAUGGUGUGCCGACGCUUAUCGGAAACGCCAUAAGAACCCUGAAGACAUCCUUCGAGAGCAGCAAGAGGAAAUGCGCGGGAAGCGGAAGCAGGUUGCGAAGGACCUUCAGAAGAUGUUUGAUCUAGCGCGCGCCGAGAUCGACCGAGUACGCCUUGCCCGCUGGGAGGAGGAGCGGAAGGUGCAAGACCAGCAGGCCCUCGACCGUGCAAUCAAGAAGUCAACCAUGCUCUUUGAGAAGCGUCGAUCAGAAAUUCUCGGUGAAGUGAACAGUGAUGCUCCCGCUACCAGUGAUGAUGACGUUUCGGAUUCCGAAUUGGAGUCUUCCGAGUCCGAUCAUGAGAGCAAUAUGUCAACCUCGGAAUCUGAAACCGACGACGAAGCCAAUGUCGAUGACGAUGCUGCUCUGACUGCCGAGGAACUCCGACAAAAGUACGCCAACUUGCCAGCCGAAGACACUCUAGACGAAGUCUCCGUGACCUCUGGCGUACCAGCGUCAGCCAUUGACAGCGAAGCUGUACCCGACGAAGUCGAUUCUGAGGCAACUCCUGCUCAGUUGGAUGACGUUGAUUCUGUUUUAAUGGAUGAUAGCGACGAGUCAACUGAUAUGGAUGAUGAUAUGGGCGACAGCGAUGAGGAGUCUGAUGACGAGGAAUCCGAAGAGGGCAGUGAUGAUGAUGGUGGCCCUGGACUUCUUGGCUUCUUCUCGUCCAAGGACCUUCCUGUGUCCAAAGUAGGCGAGGAUGGCGAUGACGAGGCUGUGGAUGAUGAAGAUGUGAAGUUUGAGGACCCCGACGAGGUUUCUCUCCUUCCUAAUGGCCAUGACUCCUCGCGCGAGGGAACUCCAAUGGAGGUCGUUGAAGCCUCUGCUGAACCCACUCCUAUCGAUACCGAAGAUGUCUCAAUGGUUGAUACUCCAAUGGAGGAUCAAGACCAACUGAUCGAAUCACCCGCAAUUUUUGAACCCACCAGUGCUUCCGAAACUCCCGCUCCCGCUGAAGAGGCACCGAAGGCAAAAUCCCAGUCAAUGGACCUUGAGCCUAUCAACCAUGAUACUCGACCUAGUGGGGAACUCUCUAGCGAGGCUUCUCCUGGCACAUUUGCAACCAAACCAUCCGAGCCGGAGUCCGUGUCUUCUUAUGAGCCUCCCUUGGAGAAGGCACUGCAAACCAGUAACUCUCCUGCUCCCGGCUUGAAGACACCAAUCCCACAUCUCCUGCGCGGGACGCUGCGUGAGUACCAGCAUUACGGUUUGGACUGGCUUGCCGGUCUUUACAACAAUCAUAUCAACGGUAUCUUGGCCGAUGAGAUGGGUCUUGGUAAAACCAUCCAAACCAUUGCUCUGCUCGCCCAUCUUGCCGUGGAUCAUGGCGUCUGGGGCCCCCAUCUCGUGGUUGUCCCGACUAGUGUCAUGCUCAACUGGGAGAUGGAGUUCAAGAAAUGGUGCCCUGGCUUCAAGAUCAUGACCUACUAUGGCAAUCAAGAGGAGCGCAAGGCGAAACGUCGUGGCUGGACAGACGAUAAUGCUUGGAAUGUCCUGAUCACCUCGUAUCAACUAGUCUUGCAGGACCAGCAAUCUCUUAAGAGGAGAAACUGGCAUUACAUGAUCCUCGAUGAGGCGCAUAACAUCAAGAACUUCCGGUCGCAGAGAUGGCAGGCCCUUCUGACGUUCCGGACUCGGGCUCGCCUGCUUCUGACCGGUACACCGCUUCAGAACAAUCUUACGGAACUUUGGUCUCUUCUCUUUUUCUUGAUGCCCUCGGACGGCGAUGGAAAUGGCAUCGAGGGUUUUGCGGACCUCAGAGACUUCUCGGAGUGGUUCAGGCGACCGGUGGAACAGAUUCUGGAGCAUGGAAGGGAGACUAUGGACGACGAGGCCAAGCAAGUGGUCACCAAGCUUCAUACCGUUCUACGCCCUUAUAUUCUACGCCGUCUGAAGGCCGAUGUUGAGAAGCAGAUGCCCGGCAAAUACGAACAUGUAAUCUACUGCCGGCUGUCGAAGCGCCAGCGAUUCCUUUACGACGGCUUCAUGUCCAUGGCCCAGACAAAGGAGACUCUUGCAUCAGGCAACUUCCUCUCCAUCAUCCACUGUCUUAUGCAGCUCCGUAAGGUCUGCAAUCAUCCCGAUCUCUUCGAGACAAGACCAAUCUCUACGUCCUUUGCCAUGCCUCGAUCUGUCGCUACGGACUACACUGUCAAAGAGUCACUGGUCCGACGGCGUCUGCUCUUUGACCACCCACUUACCAAGGUUGAUUUGGACUUCCUCAAUCUUGCUCCAGUGUCAAGAGAAGACAUCUCGCGUAGACUUGCAGAUGACAGCAUUCGUUUGAUGGCCUUUGGUCCGUUCAAAAACCUUCGUGAACGCCAGUACAACCGAACCAACUGGCAGAUGAGCUUUGACGGAACCACCAUGGAGACGACCCUACAGUCCCUGGAGAAUGCCAGUCGAAAGCGGAGAAUGGCUGAGCUCGAGCGGUGCUUGUACUUUGAAUCGAAGCGCCAUGGUCGACGACCUGUCUAUGGCAGUAGCUUGAUCGAAUUCCUGCGAGCCGGCACUAACAAGGAGCACGCCUUGUCCAAUGCCCCUCUGCGAAAGAGCAACAUGGCCGAGUGGCUGUCCAGCCGGUCGUCCGUUCUUGCGUCGAUGAUCCUGACCAUCGAGGAGCGCUCUAUCGAGAUGGAUGGCUACGUUCAGAGGUUCGCCUGCGUUACUCCUGCGGCCGUCGCUGCAGGGACCACCGAGGCUGCCUUGACGCCCGUUGAGACCCGUCUCCUGACGAACACCUCGAAGGAUCAGCCUCAUGAUCCCUUCCACGAGGCACGGAUGCGCCUUUCCAUCGCUUUCCCAGACAAGAGAUUGCUGCAGUACGACUGUGGUAAGCUUCAGCGACUGGACAAGUUGCUGCGGGACCUCAAGGCCGGCGGCCAUCGCGCACUGAUCUUCACGCAAAUGACCAAGAUGCUCGAUAUCCUGGAGCAGUUCCUCAACAUUCACGGUCACCGAUAUCUCCGACUUGAUGGAACUACCAAAGUCGAGUCGCGGCAGAUGCUCACCGAACGAUUCAACAGCGACCCUCGAAUUCUGGCCUUCAUCCUGUCUAGUCGAUCGGGUGGUGUUGGUAUCAAUCUCACGGGCGCUGACACCGUCAUCUUCUACGACCUGGACUGGAACCCGGCGAUGGACAAGCAAUGUCAAGAUCGUUGCCACCGUAUCGGGCAAACUCGCGAUGUGCACAUCUACCGAUUCGUCUCCGAGUACACCAUCGAGUCCAAUAUUUUGCGCAAGGCCAACCAGAAGCGCAUGCUCGAUGACGUGAUCAUCCAGGAGGGCGAGUUCACCACGGACUACUUCACCAAACUUCGGGACGUGGAAGGUAUGCCUGAGGGUGAAGACACCCGUGAUGGCCACGACGAAGCCAGCGCUGCUAUGGACCGGGUUCUCGGCAACCGAGUUGCCAGCGGUACGAAAGCCUUCGAGCAAGCCGAGGACAAGGAGGAUAUCGAUGCAGCGAAAAACGCGCAAAAGGAGCUCGAACAUGCGGACGAUGGCGACUUCGAGGAUCGCACUUCCUCCCAUGGUACGCCCGCCCAGGCUGGGACGCCACUCGCGGUCGGCGACGAGGGCACGUUGCAUCCCGGUGGUAUAAGUGCCGUGGCCGAGGCUGACGGGAAUGCGGAAGAAGAGCCGAGCCACAUUGACGAUUAUCUGCUCCGCUUUAUGGAGUGGAACAUGCGUGACGAGCCCCUGGUGCUACCGGUGGACAAAAGCAAAAAGAGGUCCAAGAAGGGUAAAGAGCACCGGCUCAAACGACGCCGUUGA